AUGCUGGUCCGCAAACCGUCAUCACUCUUCUCUCAAUCCACAACUAGCUCAAAGGAUUCGCUGAACUACCCACCAUCCGCAUUCUCGUCGAACGCCGGAUCAGACACAGAAGACGAAGACCUACUGUCGAUGUCGGCGGACGAGACACCUCCCGCAAGACCGCUGUCGGUCGCGAUACCGAAGUCGAGCGCGGUGCAUGGCCCAUACUGCCCUCGACGGCCGAACCUAAGAGAGAUACUGGCAAACACAGCAGAAUCGCCAUGGACGUUGGCGGCGUUCAUGGCGUAUCUGUCAAACAACCACUGCCUGGAGACGUUGGAGUUCACAAUGGAUGCUGGGCGGUACAGGAAACAUUACGCAAAGAUGAUGUCGAGAGCCGGUAGCAGUGGCACGCCGCCUACGAAGGACGAAGAGUACGUUCAAGCACUGUGGGAGCGGUUGGUGGACGCAUACAUUCGGCCAAACGGCUCAAGAGAGGUCAACCUACCUUCAGACGUCCGGGAUCCGCUGCUGGAGCACUCUGCAGAUGAACACCCGCCCGCACCUGAAACUCUGGACACGGCUGUCGCGAAGAUCUACGAGCUGAUGGAGGAGUCGGUGUUGGUGCCCUUCCUCAACAGCGCGUACCCGCAAACAGCACACCCGACAGCAUCUUCAUGUCCAAACCGCUCAGACGAACACGUACCACAAACAGCGUACGAAGACCGAUCGAGCGUUGUCCGAAGAAACCGACAUGCAAGGAACUCACCACCACCCAAGACCGCCGUCCAAGCGCACUCACAUUCCUACUCCGCACCGUCCACCAAUUCCCGAAAAUCAGCCCCCUCACCCAUCGCCACAUCAAACAAAUCCCGCUUCAGCGCCAAACUCACACAAUCAACCUCCUCGCCCUCCCACGCCAUCUCCAGCACCACAAGCAUGGACGCGGUGGCAUCAGGCUCCGAGCACAAUCUCUCCGGCACCGGCAGCGGACCAGGCAUGACAGACGACAGCGGCAGCACAGACAGCCCUACUGCGGAGUCUCCCACCACACCUCCCAUGAGUUCGUGGGCGGCGGGCGGCGAUGGACAGAGCCCGAAGCGGGACUCCGGGAUGUGGAAGAAGUUGGGCGGGAGGUUGAGUGGGAUGAAGACGACGGCGAAGAAGAGGAGUCAGGGGGGUUUGAGGGAGGAGCAAUAA